AUGUGCUUCUUUUUCUUAUCAAAGGAGCACAAGCAUAGAUUGCAGUGUUAUUACACUGAACCAGUUUUCUUAAGUGACAUAUUUGACAUACCACGGUAUCGGAAGUCCAGCAAGUAUCUUCAGCCAAACCGCUGGCUCCAAAGUUGGUGGAGAAGGGAAAUCCAAGCUCUGAUGCAGGAGGAAGAUGUUGACAUCGUCAUGCACCACAUACAUGGCGUGAUUAAUUCAUCCCUGACGAGGGAUGAACAAAAAGGUCGAACGACGGCACCUGAAGAAAAACAAAGAGAAUUUCAAGAAUCAACCUGUGAUGCAGCAGGGCCUUUCCUGGCAGCAAGAACCAAUCGGUUUGUAAACGAGGUGGAACUAUUUCUUGCUUCGGGUUUGAAAAUUGAAGCAUACGAUGCUGUGUGCAUGCAACGCUUAGGUUGGAGUGCUCCGGGAGUAACUACAAAGCCAGCAGAGGUGGAACUCGCCGAGCACAGACCUGUGAUCCCUUAUUUGUACAUAUUUUUUUAUUACGACCGCAGCGAAUGA